UCCUAAGUACAUUAUAAUAUCCCCAUUAUACUAUCCAUCCAUCCAUCCAACUCUCCAUAUAAUCCCAAUCUCACCUUACUCUUCUCCUCCAUUUCCCAUUCAUUCAAUCCCCAAAAAGUGAAACCACUGUCGAGAACUGAAGCAACAAUGGCGGAUCCGUCGGCUUUGGCCGCUUCCUCGACCACCAUGUGGGCUUUCAUGGCCAGCUGGUUCACCCCGACCUCCCUCUUCCUCCUCCUCAACCUCAUGAUCGGCACCAUCUUCAUCUCCUCCCGGUUCCACUCCUCUCCGGCCUCCAAAAAGACCCCGACGACCUACCACUACCAAUACGGCCACCCCGACUCGGCCCCGCCGCUCGCCCGCACCCCGUCCCUCAUCGACCGCGUCCGCUCCAUCAACUUCUCCCUCUACAAGUUCGACCACCAUCCGGUUCCCGACUACCACUACUCCGAACAACCGGCUGAUCACUUCGCCGCCCACGUCGACCCGCCCCCGCCCCCGAUUGCACGUGCCCCGUCUCUCCUUGAACGCCUGAAAUCCAUCAACUUCACCCCUUAUAUAUUCGACCACCCGACACCGGCCAUGAUCCCGGAACCCAAAUACGCUCCCCCGGCUGACCCGGCCCCGCUUGCACGCGCCCCGUCCCUGCUCGACCGGCUCAAAUCCAUCAACUUCUCGCCGUAUCUGUACAACCACCCGGACCCGAUCCGAGAACAAGAUGCAGCUCCGGCUCAGGCUUACUCGGAGCCGGCCCGAACACGUCAGAUCCGCAACGAGCCGCCCCCAGUGGCUCCAGUCCCUUCCUUUCUCGAGCGGGUCAAGUCUAUCAACUUCUCCCUCUACGGGCAGGAGGAGCCAGACCUGGCAGGUCUCGUCGACCACCACGUGAAGAGGGUGAACUCCGACACGAAGCCUACGGGUGGCGAGGCCCCGACGAGGCUCUCGAGGAAGAUGAAGAAGUCGGCCAGCGACAAGAGCUCGUUCAGUCACUUCAAAUCAGAGGAUGAGGAAGAGGAGGAGGAGGACGUUGCGGAGUUCCAACGGCCCGAAACAAAGAAAGGCCCGGCUGUGGCGGCGGUCGAGGAGGCAGAGGAGAUUGACGCAAAGGCGGAUGAUUUCAUCAACAGGUUCAAACAGCAGCUGAAGCUUCAGAGACUCGAUUCCAUCAUGCGGUAUAAGGAGAUGCUUAGCAGAGGUUCUGCUAAUGCUAAUUAAUUAGGCUAAUUCUACAUGUAUUUGGGCUUGCGAUUUGGCAAAGGGAAAUCAGUCGGGAAAAAAAAAUUACUGGGAGUAAAUUCGGUCUAUUGCAUGUAUAGAAUUAGAUAAGUAAUGGAGAUUUUACAUUAUCAAUUUUGGCCAGAAUUAGUCGCCCUGCAUUGCAUAUUUGUCAUUACCUUUUCUAGCAAAAAAAAAAAGACAGAAAGAAAUGCAUUGCAUAUUUUUCCCGGUUCGAUUUGUUUCCUUUCUAGUGCCUGUAAUUUUUUAGUGUGAAUUCUAGUAUCGGUAAUAUUAUUGGAUUCAAUUA